CUGCCUCGCUUUCCUCUUUCUGCUUUCCUCUUUCUUCCUCCGAUUCGAUUUCUCCCCCCGCCUUCCUCCUCUCGCGCCCGCACUCCUACCUUCCUUUCGACGGUCUCACUACGGGUUCGGCGCCUGCCGCCGGAGCCUUGUCUCCUCGACAGGUGAUUUCCUCGUUUGCCCGUGGCUAACCCCUGCCUUUUCUUGAUUCUUUUUCUUCAGGAGAUGCGAGAGAUCAAGUUGAAACCUUUAGGAUUUGCUCGCUGUCUGGCGCCCUACUAAUGCAAUCCGUUCAUCAGGCCCUUCUUCAGUGUGCAAGAUUUCUCUGGUGAGGUUUCACCGCGCCACAAUGCCCCGCGUUACGGCCGCCGCCCCAGCCAGCUGCUCACCGCGCGGGGUGAUUCCGCUGCGAUCGAGCCGAGCGUCUUGUGACUCUCGUCCUUGUGCCGCUGGAGCAUAUGCUGGCAAGAGGUUGAUAGCAGAAAAUACAAGGGUGCAAAACGUGCGUAGGAUGGAACUGGAGACUAGAAUAAGGAAUCAGCUCCUGAGACCCGAAUUGCCACCUUCUUCAUAUGACACGGCAUGGGUUUCUAUGGUGCCCUUGCGGGGUUCUCAUCAGUCUCCAUGCUUCCCACAAUGUGUUGAGUGGAUAUUGCAGAACCAACAGGAUGAUGGAUCUUGGGGUGUCAACCCAUUUGACUCAUCAGUCAACAAGGAUGUUCUUUUAUCCACUUUGGCAUGCGUCCUUGCAUUAAAGAGAUGGAAUGUUGGCAGGGAGAACAUCUGGAGAGGACUGCAUUUCAUUGGAAGAAAUUUUUCUGUCGCUAUGGAUAAGCAGACCACUGCUCCUAUAGGUUUCAACAUCACUUUUGCAACUAUGCUUAGCCUCGCCAUCGAUAUGGGUUUAGAAUUUCCUUUAAGGCAAACUGAUGUCCAUGGGAUUCUUCACCUCCGUGAGAUGGAAUUGAAAAGACAGGCCGUGUACGGUUCUUGUGGAAGAAAAGCAUAUAUGGCUUAUAUCGCAGAGGGGUUAGGAAACAUGAUGGACUGGGAUGAAGUUAUGAAGUUCCAGAGGGAAAAUGGAUCAUUGUUCUGCUGCCCUUCCACAACUGCAGGUGUAUUAAUCCGCAAAUACAAUGAUCAAGCCCAUCAAUACCUAAAUUCACUUGUCAGUGAAUUUGGUAGUGCAGUGCCAGCAGUGUAUCCUUCAAAACUACAUUGCCAGCUCUUAAUGGUGGAUGCACUUGAAAGAAUGGGAAUUUCCCAGCACUUUGUCAAUGAAAUAAAAAACAUCCUGGACAUGGCAUUCAGUCACUGGUUACAGAAAGACGAGGAAAUCAUGAUGGACAUAGCGACAUGCGCGAUGGCAUUUCGCCUUUUAAGGAUGAAUGGUUAUGAUGUUUCCUCAGAUGAGCUGUCUCAUGUUGCUGAAGCCUCCACUUUCUCUGAUUCACUUCAAGGAUAUUUAAAUGAUACAAAAUCCCUACUGGAAUUGUACAAGGCUUCAAAAGUCAGCUUAUCAGGAAAUGAUUCAAGCUUAGAUUGUGUGGGAUUAUGGACUGGCAACUUAUUGAAGGAUAAGUUGUGCUCCAGUACGCUGCAAAAAACUCCGAUUUUUGGAGAGAUUGAGUAUGCUCUUAAGUUUCCCUUCCAUGCGACACUGGAGCGUUUAGAACACAAGAGAAACAUUGAAUAUUUUGAUGCUUGGGGUUCUCUGAUGCUAACGACAAAAUGCUCGUCUUUUCAUGUUAAUCAAGAAUUCCUAGCUUUGGCUGUCAAAGAUUUCAGUUUCUCUCAAUCUGUUUACCAGGAUGAACUUCAGCAUCUUGAUAGCAGUUGGGUGAAGGAGAACAAGCUGGACCAACUACAAUUUGCUCGGCAGAAAUUAACAUAUUGCUAUCUGUCUGCUGCUGCUACCAUAUUCCCUUCUGAAUUGUCUGAUGCUCGCAUUUCAUGGGCCAAAAAUGGUGUGCUCACAACAGUGGUUGAUGACUUCUUUGAUGUUGGGGGAUCAAAAGAGGAACUAGAAAACCUGAUAGAAUUAGUUGAGAAAUGGCAUGAGCACCAUGCAGAUAAGUACUACUCAGAGCAAGUAAGAACAGUAUUUUCUGCUAUUUAUGCAACAACGAACCAGCUUGGAGCAAAGGCUUCUGCAGCACAAGGCCGUGAUGUUACAAAACACCUAGCAGAAAUUUGGCUAGAUCUGUUGAGGUCUAUGAUGAUGGAAGCAGAAUGGCAGAGAAGCCAACAUGUACCAACAGUUGAAGAAUACAUGACAAAUGCUGUUGUCUCAUUUGCACUGGGCCCCAUUGUACUCCCAGCAUUGUAUUUUGUCGGGGAAGAGCUCUUAGAGCAUGCUGUCAAAGAUCAAGAGUAUGAAAAAUUAUUUAGGCUAAUGAGCACUUGUGGCCGGCUCCUUAAUGACAGCAAAGGCUUUGAGAGAGAAGGCAGCCAGGGGAAGCUGAAUAGCAUUUCGCUACUUGUUCUUCACAGUGGCAAUUCUAUGUCCACAGAAGCAGCUAAGAAGGUGAUACAAAAGUCCAUAGACAAGUCUAGGAGGGACUUGCUAAGAUUGGUUCUCAGGAAAGAAAGUGUUGUCCCUAGGCCAUGCAAGGAGCUCUUCUGGAAGAUGUGCAAGAUUCUUCACUUGUUCUACUUUCAGACCGAUGGAUUCAGCUCUCCAAAGGAAAUGGUCGGUGCAGUGAACGCAGUCAUCAACGAGCCACUCAAAAUCCAAAUGAGUGAUGCAUCCUUGUUCAUUUCAUCAGAAAAAUGAGGAUCUCCUGUAGUCUGUCAUGUUCAUAUCAAUCACAAUCAGAGGCAGCAGCAGGCCAAACAGCUAGUAUCAUACAGUUUAAUUUGGCUGAUGUAGUGAUGAACAAUGUAGGUGUUGUACAUGACCCUUUUCCAAAAAAAAAAUUGUGUUGUACAUGGAUCAUGGUCAUAGGAAGAACUGUAACUCUCUGCUAGUGAAAUUUCGUUGCCCUCUUACGCAAAAUUUGUCAAGAACUUGCAGUAUUCUUUGAGUUUCUGACCAAUUCCAAUACCCUAUUCGUGGUCUUA